AAAAAACACUAAAGUGACACACGAUGAUCUUUCCUACACUUUAAUACGGAAGACAGACUCAGCUCGCGGUUGAGAAGAUGGCUAAAGCGGAUAUCGCGAUGGAGAUUCAGAGGCACGAGGACCCAGCAGGAGGAAGACGAGAUGAUGAAGGGCCGCUCGUCAAGUAUUACCGUGCCAAUGAGCCUCUGCCGGGUGCAGUGCCAGUCCUGCACGGGCUCCUGAGCAAGGGCCCCUCCACCUGCGCGGCCGUGCAAAUAUCCAGUGGGAUUGUGAGUUUGGGAAUAGGGGUGGUGUUUGCGGCAUCAUUCGUUAUCCAUAAUAACCUACUGACCUUAUUCCGAGUGCCAAUCGUUACUGGAAUAAUGUUUGUCGUGGCUGGGUGCUUGUCUAAUCUUCUGUACAAAAGCCCCGUGCUUCUACAGACUUGCUUCAUCGCCAACAUCUCGUGUCUGGUGGUGUCUGGGGUCGGAGUGAUUCUUCUAGCUGUUGACCUUCAUCCAAGUCAAGAUCAAAUCCAGUACAAGAUGGAGGUGCUGGUGCUGUGUGUGACUCUGAUGGACAUGCUCAUCGCUGCGGUGCUAAUAUACUGGUUUUACAGAGAGAAACGGGACCAUAAGAAGUAACACCUCAUUCAAACAUCUGUGUUUUCAGCUCUGUGCCGUUUGAGCUCAUCUUUUCUCAGAAGGUUUAGCAACAAUAAUAGAAUUAAAGAACUAAAAAAAGAAGAAGCAGUUGCUGAAUUCUCCUUAUUCGUGAUGCAAUUUCUGAAAUAUAGUCAUGAGAAGUCUCUGAACGAAGAGAAGGAGAGGUGAAGCCGCAACAGAUUUGACUUUUAAUGGGACUAGUUCGUAAAUUCCAGGAAAAUACAACAGUUCUUGUUUUUUAUUAGCAAGAAUGAAGAACUAAAGCACGGACUCUGCUUCUGACCCUCACACUUGUAGCUUUAUUUGUUUAUUGUGUUGGAUGUUAUUUCUCUGUACAUAUUUUCACAUUUAUACACUGUAUUAAUGUAUUUUCCGUAUCAGUUACAUAUGAAUUUGAGUUAAUAAAACACAAUCUUAAUAAAUUA